GAGGCUGAUUCUGGUCGGGCACAGCCACGGCGGGCUCAGCUUGGCGCUAGCCAUGGAGAGGUUCCCCGGCAAGGUCGCCGCCGCCGUGUUCGCAGCCGCCGGGAUGCCGUGCGUUGGCAAGCACAUGGGCGUCACCACCGAGGAGUUCAUGCGAAGGACAUCAUCGGAAGGACUCAUGGACUGCAAGAUGCUGCCAAUCAAUAACAACCACGGUGCAGGGGUUGCAAUGAUAAUGGGCCCAAACUUCUUAGCACGCAAGAACUACCAGCAAAGUUCACCUGAGGUGCACAACACGACUUAACAUCAUAUUGGUCUCCCAUAAUGAACUAAUCUC